AUGGCUACAGAUGAUGACAGUUUUGACUGGGAUCAAGUCAGAAUCAUGAGUGAAGCUCCAGUCCUUUCCACAUCCACCCUGCUAUGCUAUGAGAACCUGAACGGAUCCUGCAUCAGGAACCCAUACUCCCCAGGCCCUCGCCUCAUCCUCUAUGCAGUCUUUGGCUUUGGGGCUGUGCUGGCUGUGUGUGGAAACCUCCUGGUGAUGAUGUCAAUUCUCCAUUUCAGGCAGCUGCACUCCCCUGCCAACUUUCUGAUAGCAUCACUGGCCUGUGCCGACUUCUUGGUGGGAUUGACCGUGAUGCCCUUCAGCACGGUGAGGUCUGUAGAGAGCUGCUGGUACUUUGGGGACACUUACUGUAAAUUUCAUUCUUGUUUUGAAGGAUCAUUCUGCUAUUCUUCCAUCUUCCACUUGUGCUUCAUCUCUGUGGAUAGAUAUAUUGCUGUUAGUGACCCCCUCACCUACCCCACCAGGUUCACGGCUUCUGUUUCUGGCAAGUGCAUCACCUUCUCCUGGCUCCUGUCUAUCACCUAUAGCUUUUCCCUCCUUUACACAGGGGCAAAUGAAGCUGGACUGGAGGAUCUAGUGACUGCCCUCACCUGUGUGGGAGGCUGUCAAAUUGCAGUGAAUCAGAGCUGGGUCUUCAUCAAUUUUCUAUUAUUUUUUAUUCCCACACUGGUAAUGAUAACUGUCUACUCUAAGAUCUUCCUCAUUGCUAAACAGCAGGCUCAGAAGAUUGAGAGGAUGAGCAACCAGACUGUCAAGGCAUCAGACAGCUACAAGGACAGAGUGGCCAGGAGGGAGAGGAAAGCAGCCAAAACCCUGGGGAUCGCAGUGGCAGCCUUUCUCCUGUCUUGGCUGCCAUACUUCAUUGACUCCAUCAUUGACGCCUUCCUAGGGUUCAUCACUCCCACGUAUGUGUAUGAAAUCCUAGUCUGGAUCGCUUACUACAACUCAGCCAUGAACCCUUUGAUUUAUGCUUUCUUUUAUCCUUGGUUUCGAAAAGCCAUCAAACUGAUUGUCACUGGCAGAAUCUUGAGGGAGAACUCCUCUGCCACCAACUUAUUUCCUGAGUAG